AUGAUGUGCAGUGGUUUAGUUUCUUUUUACAGGUUUAGCCCAUCUCCAGAACCUGCCAGUAUGGCAACGCGAGGCUGGUUUCGCAGGAAGCCCAUCCACCGGCUGGCUGGAGCCCAGCGGACCAGCUAUGACCUACGAGAACGCAUCUGUAUAGGCAGCAUGACAGCUAUAGAGACUGCGGUGUACCAAAAAGUACCUACAGACGAGGCGGAGGCUCAGAUGCUAGCCAGCGCUGAUCUGGAUGACAUGAAAAGUCACCGUUUUGAGGACAAUCCUGGGGUUAGACGUCACCUCGUCAAGAAAUCAUCACGCUGUCAAUUACCACGAACCAGCAAUAGCUCACCUCCUCUGUCCAGCCUGAAGAGGAGGAAGAGGAUGGACAAGAAAACUCAUGAGGUGUUUGUGGAGCUCAAUGAGCUGAUAGUGGAUAAGAACCAGGAGAUGCGCUGGAAAGAGACGGCACGUUGGAUCAAGUUUGAGGAAGACGUGGAGGCAGAGACGGAUCGCUGGGGUAAACCGCAUGUGGCCUCGCUGUCCUUCCGUAGCCUGCUGGAGCUCCGCAGGACCAUCACACAUGGUGCCAUUAUGCUAGAUCUGGAUCAAACCACACUCCCUGGCAUCGCCCACUUGCUGGUGGAAACCAUGAUAAUCUCGGACCAGAUCAGAGCAGAAGACAGAGCCAACGUGCUGCGAGCCCUGCUGCUCAAACACAGACAGCCUCCUUUCUUGAAGGAUUUUGAAGUACCAUGUGUUUUCUUUGCUAAGCUCAACUCAGCCUCUGGAUCUCACUCUGAGGUGUUUCAAGAGCACCCUCUGAUGAAGAGCUACCCUACAGCUCCUGUACUGCCUGCCUUCAAACCCAUAGACCCUCAAGGGUUUAGUGUGAUUGGGGAACCCAUCCUCAACCAGCCCAACACAGCCCUGCUGUCCUUAGUGCUCAUGAUGGGAACCUUCUUUGUGGCCUUCUUUCUGCGAAAAUUUCGUAACAGCAGAUUCCUUGGUGGAAAGGCCAGACGAAUCAUUGGUGAUUUCGGGAUUCCUAUCUCUAUACUCAUCUCCGUGCUGGUGGACUGCACCAUCCCUGAGACAUACACACAGAAGCUGAACGUCCCUUCUGGUUUCUCGGUCACAUCUCCGGACAAACGGAGCUGGUUUAUCAGCCCCUUUGGAGAUAAACAGCCUUUCCCUGUUUGGAUGAUGGGGGCCUCAGUGAUCCCGGCCCUGCUGGUUUUUAUCCUCAUAUUCAUGGAGACUCAAAUCACCACCUUGAUAGUAAGCAAGAAGGAGCGACAUUUGGUCAAGGGUUCUGGCUUUCAUCUGGACCUGCUUCUGAUAGUGACUUUAGGAGCUGUCUGCCCGCUCUUCGGUCUGCCCUGGCUGACUGCCGCCACUGUGCGCUCGGUGACUCACGUGAAUGCACUGACAGUCAUGAGCAAAGCCAUUGCCCCCGGAGAGAAGCCCAUGAUCCAAGAAGUUAAAGAGCAGAGGGUGACAGGGAUGUGUGUGUCUAUCCUAGUGGGGUUGUCUAUAGUGAUGACAGAUGUGCUGCGUCAUAUUCCUCUGGCUGUGCUGUUUGGGAUAUUCCUGUACAUGGGCGUCACGUCUCUUACUGGUAUCCAGCUUUAUGAGCGAAUCACACUCAUGGUCACACCUGCUAAACAUCACCCUGACCACAUCUAUGUUACCAAGGUGAAGACAUGGCGUAUGAACAUGUUCACCAUCAUUCAGUUGCUGUGUAUCGCCCUGCUGUGGGUGGUGAAGUCGACAGUAGCCUCUCUGGCCUUUCCCUUCAUCCUAAUCAUGACCGUACCUCUGCGUAGACUCAUCCUGACCAGGAUCUUUGAGGAGAGAGAGCUUGCAGCGUUGGAUGCUGAUGAGGAUUCGCCCAAUUUUGAUGAAGAUGGACGGGAUGAGUACAACGAGAUCCACAUGCUUGUCUAGUCACACGGCUCGCCUUUUCUUCACUGACCAAUCGAAUGCAGGUCUCUGGAUAAUGGGAAAGAUGUACGGAAUGGGAAGAACUCUGAUGCACUGCCCUCUUUCAGAAUUAUUUCACGUGUACUUUGACAUUUUCUAAACCUCCAUUCUAAAAAGAACCACAGAUCAUGUUCUGGAUACAAUUUUCCUUUUUCUCCAAAAUGUGGCCUACAUGUUUGUCUGCUGCUGCCCAGUGACCUUUGAAUAUGAGAUUAGAUACAGCCCGUGCACCUUAGACCUCCCAAAGUGCAAUGAUGGUGAGACUAAUCCAAUAGGUUGGUUCUUACACCUCCUAUUCACCCCAUCCCAAUGCACUGCACCCAUGCGGUCCAGACCUACUGCCUGUAGAUCUUAGUUGCCUUGUACUUUACUGUAGGCACUGACCACAGAGUCUGAAUAUUACAGUAGCACGACCUCUCAGUGCCCUUAAAGUGGUCGGUUCCUUUGCUGUGCUUGAAAACAGUAGUGCAGUCCCAUUAGACGUACUUUAUGCAGUAGUGAUAUUAUUUUGAUCGAUGUAUGCAGUAGUUACAAUACAUUUAAAGGUGCUAUAAGUGAUUUUUUUUAAUGGAAUAGCAUGCAGAAAAUGUCCCUGCUUCCUGACCAAUGUCACUCUCAGACUGUCAGUCAUUUUGAAUUAUUUGGCUUGUGGGGGUUAGCGAAACAGCUAACAUUGCUUACAGCACCUUUAAUAAAAAAACAAAAACAAACAUUACUUAGCUCAUGAUUUCCUUUCCAAACAG